AGCGCGUGGGGAUGCCGGCGGAAGGAAGCACCGGGCUGUUUUCGAUCUGGCAAUCGCACGGAAAGCUGCUUCCUUUCCACCUCCCUCCGCCCCGCCCCCACUCGCAGCCCGGCCGCGCUGAUUGUCUUGGGUAACAUAAUGCCAGCUGAGCGUAAAAAGCCAGCAAGUAUGGAAGAAAAAGAAUCUUUACUAAACAGCAAGGAAAAAGACUGCAGUGAAAGGCGGCCAGUGAGCAGCAGGGAGAAACCAAAAGAGGAGAUCAAGCUUACCGCCAAGAAGGAGGUUAUUAAGGUCCCUGAAGAUAAGAAGAAGAAACUGGAAGAAGAUAAGAGAAAAAAAGAAGACAAGGAACGCAAGAAAAAAGAAGAAGAAAAGGUGAAGGCAGAGGAAGAAUUAAAGAAAAAAGAGGAAGAAGAAAAAAAGAAACAUGAAGAAGAGAGAAAGAAGCAAGAAGAGCAGGCAAAACGUCAGCAGGAAGAAGAGGCUGCCCAGUUGAAAGAGAAAGAGGAAUCCCUUCAGCUUCAUCAGGAGGCUUGGGAACGACAUCAGUUAAGGAAGGAACUUCGCAGCAGAAACCAAAAUGCUCCAGACAACCGACCAGAGGAAAAUUUCUUUAGCCGACUAGACUCAAGUUUGAAGAAAAAUACCGCUUUUGUCAAGAAACUAAAAACUAUUACGGAACAACAGAGAGACUCCUUGUCCCAUGAUUUUAAUGGCCUAAAUUUAAGCAAGUACAUUGCAGAGGCUGUAGCUUCUAUUGUGGAAGCAAAGCUAAAAAUAUCUGAUGUGAAUUGUGCUGUGCACUUAUGCUCUCUCUUUCACCAGCGUUACGCCGACUUUGCCCCAUCACUUCUUCAGGUUUGGAAAAAACAUUUUGAAGCAAGGAAAGAAGAGAAAACACCUAACAUUACCAAGUUAAGAACUGAUUUGCGUUUCAUUGCAGAAUUGACAAUAGUUGGGAUUUUCACUGACAAGGAAGGUCUUUCCGUAAUCUAUGAACAGCUAAAAAAUAUUAUUAAUGCUGAUCGGGAAUCCCAUACCCAUGUUUCUGUGGUGAUUAGUUUUUGUCGACAUUGUGGAGAUGAUAUUGCUGGACUUGUACCAAGGAAAGUAAAGAGUGCUGCAGAGAAGUUUAAUUUGAGUUUUCCUCCUAGUGAGAUAAUUAGUCCAGAGAAACAGCAACCUUUCCAGAAUCUUUUAAAAGAAUACUUUACGUCUUUGACCAAACACCUGAAAAGGGACCACAGGGAGCUACAGAAUACUGAGAGACAAAACAGGCGUAUUCUACAUUCUAAAGGGGAGCUGAGCGAAGAUAGACAUAAACAGUAUGAGGAAUUUGCUAUGUCUUAUCAGAAGCUGCUGGCAAAUUCUCAAUCCUUAGCAGACCUUUUGGAUGAAAAUAUGCCAGAUCUUCCUCAAGACAAACCAACACCAGAAGAGCAUGGGCCUGGAAUUGAUAUAUUUACACCUGGUAAACCUGGAGAAUAUGACUUGGAAGGUGGUAUAUGGGAGGAUGAAGAUGCUCGGAAUUUUUAUGAGAACCUCAUUGAUUUGAAAGCUUUUGUUCCAGCCAUCUUGUUUAAAGAUAAUGAAAAAAGUUGUCAGAGUAAAGAGUCCAACAAGGAUGAUUACAAAGAGGCAAAGGAACCUAAGGAUAAUAAGGAGGUAUCAAGUCCUGACGAUUUGGAGCUUGAGUUGGAGAACCUAGAGAUUAAUGAUGACACUUUGGAGCUAGAGGGUGGAGAUGAAGGUGAAGAUCUUACAAAGAAACUUCUUGAUGAGCAAGAACAAGAGGAUGAAGAAGCCAGCACUGGAUCUCAUCUCAAGCUCAUAGUAGAUGCUUUUCUCCAGCAAUUGCCCAACUGUGUCAACCGUGAUCUGAUAGACAAGGCAGCAAUGGAUUUUUGCAUGAACAUGAACACAAAAGCAAAUAGGAAGAAGCUGGUCCGGGCGCUCUUUAUAGUUCCCAGACAAAGGUUGGAUUUGCUACCAUUUUAUGCAAGAUUGGUUGCUACAUUGCAUCCCUGCAUGUCUGAUGUAGCAGAGGAUCUUUGUUCCAUGCUGAGGGGGGAUUUCAGAUUUCAUGUACGAAAAAAGGACCAGAUCAAUAUUGAAACAAAGAACAAAACUGUUCGUUUUAUUGGAGAACUCACUAAGUUUAAGAUGUUCACAAAAAAUGAUACACUGCAUUGUUUGAAGAUGCUUCUAUCAGACUUUUCCCAUCACCAUAUUGAAAUGGCAUGUACCCUACUAGAAACAUGUGGAAGAUUUCUUUUCAGAUCUCCAGAAUCUCACCUGAGGACCAGUGUACUUUUGGAACAAAUGAUGAGAAAGAAACAAGCGAUGCAUCUCGAUGCAAGAUAUGUCACAAUGGUGGAGAAUGCAUAUUACUACUGCAACCCACCUCCAGCUGAAAAAACAGUGAAAAAGAAACGUCCUCCUCUCCAGGAAUAUGUCCGGAAACUUUUGUACAAGGAUCUCUCCAAGGUUACCACUGAGAAGGUUUUGAGACAGAUGCGAAAGUUGCCUUGGCAGGACCAAGAAGUGAAAGACUAUGUGAUUUGUUGUAUGAUAAACAUCUGGAAUGUGAAAUAUAACAGCAUUCAUUGUGUAGCCAACCUCUUAGCAGGACUAGUGCUCUACCAGGAGGAUGUUGGAAUCCAUGUUGUGGAUGGAGUUUUAGAAGAUAUUCGAUUAGGAAUGGAGGUUAAUCAACCUAAAUUUAAUCAGAGACGUAUCAGCAGUGCCAAGUUCUUAGGGGAACUUUAUAAUUACCGAAUGGUGGAAUCCGCUGUUAUUUUUAGAACUCUUUAUUCUUUUACUUCAUUUGGUGUUAACCCUGAUGGCUCUCCAAGUUCACUGGACCCUCCCGAGCACCUUUUCAGGAUUAGACUAGUGUGCACUAUUUUGGAUACCUGUGGCCAGUACUUUGACAGAGGUUCUAGUAAACGAAAACUCGAUUGCUUCCUUGUGUAUUUUCAGCGUUAUGUUUGGUGGAAGAAAAGUUUGGAGGUUUGGACAAAAGACCAUCCAUUUCCUAUUGACAUAGAUUACAUGAUCAGUGACACACUAGAACUGCUAAGACCAAAGAUCAAACUCUGUAAUUCUCUGGAAGAAUCCAUCAGGCAGGUACACGACUUGGAACAAGAAUUCUUAAUAAAACUAGGCCUAGUAAAUGACAAAGACUCAAAAGAUUCUAUGACAGAAGGAGAAAAUCUUGAAGAGGAUGAAGAAGAAGAAGAAGGAGGAGCUGAAACAGAGGAACAAUCUGGAAAUGAAAGUGAAGUGAAUGAGCCAGAGGAAGAGGAGGGUUCUGAUAAUGAUGACGAUGAAGGGGAGGAAGAAGAGGAAGAGAAUACAGAUUACCUCACGGAUUCAAAUAAGGAGAAUGAAACUGAUGAAGAAAAUACUGAGGUAAUGAUUAAAGGAGGUGGACUCAAACAUGUACCUUGUGUAGAAGAUGAGGACUUCAUUCAAGCUCUGGAUAAAAUGAUGCUAGAAAAUCUUCAGCAACGAAGUGGCGAAUCUGUUAAAGUGCACCAACUUGAUGUUGCCAUUCCCUUGCAUCUCAAAAGCCAGCUGAGGAAAGGGCCCCCACUCGGUGGUGGGGAGGGAGAGACAGAGUCUGCAGAUACGAUGCCAUUUGUCAUGUUAACCAGAAAAGGCAAUAAACAGCAGUUUAAGAUCCUUAAUGUACCCAUGUCUUCCCAACUUGCUGCAAAUCAUUGGAACCAGCAACAGGCAGAACAGGAAGAGAGGAUGAGAAUGAAAAAGCUCACACUAGAUAUCAAUGAACGGCAAGAACAAGAAGAUUAUCAAGAAAUGCUGCAGUCUCUUGCCCAGCGGCCGGCUCCAGCAAACACCAAUCGGGAGCGGCGGCCUCGUUACCAACAUCCAAAGGGAGCGCCUAAUGCAGAUCUAAUCUUUAAGACUGGUGGGAGGUCGAUAUUCUGAAGGAGAACUACAUGUUAGAAGAAACAAACGUGGAAGAAAAUGAAGUGUAAGCAUUUGGAGGCCAAAACAUGCUUCAGCUGUGCUUUAAAGAAAGAAAAUGGGCUUUUUGGAACCCUGGAUCUGAUUUCAUCCAAAGUAACUCCUGAAUACCGACCUACACAGAGACACCAUCAACUUCCAUGGACCUACAGAGAAAACAUGGAUUUAAUUCACGUUUUGCUGAGCUAUUCAACUUUGCAAAACUGAUUUAGAAAAUGUGGUCUGAGAAUUUUAAGAAAUUUCUCAUGUCUGUGUCACAAGCCAGGACGGGGUGAGGGCGUGUGGGGAAACUGCACCCUGGCUGCAUUCAACUGGACCCGGAAAGUCUCAUGGGAGAUCUAUGCUGUGCCGGGCAGUGUCCAGGAGCUGAGAAAUAAACAACAGAGGACUGAUGUGGCCCUGUAGGAACGCACACUCUUGUUUGGGGGCAGGGAGCAUGAUACACUAGAGUGUGAUUAAAAAGAAUAAUUCAGGGCUUCCCUGGUGGCGCAGUGGUUGAGAGUCUGCCUGCCGAUGCAGGGGACACGGGUUUGUGCCCCGGUCCGGGAAGAUGCCACAUGCCGCGGAGCGGCUGGGCCCGUGAGCCAUGGCCGCUAGGCCUGCGCGUCCAGAGCCUGUGCUCGGCGACGGGAGAGGCCACAGCAGUGAGAGGCCCGCGUACCGCAAAAAAAAAAAAAAGAAUAAUUCAGUGUGCUUCCUGCACAACAGAAGUGUCUACAAAGUGAUGGAAUGUCGCUGUCACCUCAAAGCCAGUAAGAGGGGCAGCAGGGUGGCCUGGGGUAGAGUCCGUGCUCAGAACCCGACCCCCUGGAUUUCAGACCUAGCCCUGCCCCCUACCGGCUGUGUGAUGACAGGCAAGUCACAGUAUCUUUGUGUUUUCGUUUCUUCUCUGUAGAAUGGGGUUCAUGAAGCCUAGUGCAUAGAGACUUUAUGAGGCUUCAUGUAUUAACAUCCAGAAAAUGCUUAAACAGUGCCCGGCACAGAGCAACCACGACAUCAGUCGCAGCAUUGAUAAGCUUUAAAUCACACUCCACUUUGAUCAACAUUUUUUCCUGUUUCUAGAUUCCUAGAAAUUUCUAAACGUGGCCAGUACCAUCUCAAUACAGAGUUAGGUAAGGUAAAUAUUGAAAACAUACAACAGAAAAGGGAAAGAUUUCUUAAAUCUGUGAACAAAUACUUGCAAAUUGGGUCAGAGCUGAGACAUUCCCGGGCAGGAAAUGCAGCUUGGAAGGAAACAUCGUUAUGAAAAUCAGCGAGGACGUCAGAGGAGCAUAAACCCCACAACACUGGACUCACCCGGCCCCCAGCCUUCCCUCCCCCUUUCCUGUGGGACAGUGGCCUCCCCUCCCCCAGGGAGCCAGAGGGAGCCAGGCCCUCCCAUCCUGCAGGCCCAGGACGGCCUGCCAGCUUCUCUAGGGUGGGUGGGGGGCGGGCCUCUGUUUGGGACCUGAAAAAUACAUUCUGGGCUCCAGAACAUGAAAGAAAAACCCUUGCAAGACUGAAAUUUCAUUAAGUUUAUUAACGGUAACAGGUGAGCUUCAAUAAGGCUGAUUUGAACUCUGGCCUCUUGAUGACUGCCAGGAAAGAAUAAUCAUUCAUUAGUCAAAUAUUUUAAAACAAUUUAAAAGCUUAGUGCAGUGGGUUUUCAGAGGAUGGAGAGAGGAAAGGGGGCCCCUAGACAAAAUUAGGAUGAUUGCCGAUUUCACUCUGUAGGUGCUUCCCAGCCGGACGUUUUUAAAAGGUUCAGGUGUGGCCCCCAGGCUCCGAGGCUCCAUAAUGAUUUCUCGCUCUCCAAUGUAAUCAGGUGUUUUCACUGUUCACCGCUUCUAGGGAAAGAGGCCCAUCUUCUCCUUUUGUAAAAGAGCAUUUUCUCUGAGCAAAGCUACCUGUUUCAGGUUUCACAGCAAGUUUCCAUUGCUGUAGAAUCUGCAGUGUCAGAACCGGGAGGACACGAGGGUCCCAGAAGGGGACCUGGGCGCUGAAAGAGGCUCCGUCACCUGCACUGUCACACAGCUAGAUGGUGGCAAUCCUCGGACUUGAACUCGGUGUUCUUCGAGGUUGAAUCUGUGCUUCUCCUGCAUCCCCUCGGUAAGCAAAGCUGCGUUGCCUUGGCUCUGCCAUUUCUGAUUGGUUUCCUUUGAGUGCAUUGGUCGUCCGUCUCUCCAGGCUGGAACUGUGAUCUUUUCGGUACAUUGGGAGGACUGCGGUGUGGUGUCAGAGGCACGGGAUUCAGAGUCAUAUAGAUGCUGGCUCAACUGUGGCCAAUGCACAUACCGGGGAGCAGAGAGAGCUCCUUCCGAGGGCUGCCUGGCAA